CGUCCCCAGGACUCAAACUCUCAGGCAGAAACACCCAGGUCCGGCGAUACAAUUGUCAGACGUAUCAAUCGGCGACUCAAAUAUCUAAUCUUGCGUAUCUAAACUAUCCUUGGUCCAUGCGUUAACCCACAAUUUACCAAAUCCCAACUUUCUGGACAACGCUAUUCGUCAUUUAACCAAGCUGUUGUUAAAACAGCAAUAAAUACCACGUUUGGGUCGCUUCAACUUCCCACGGGACGCCUCGGCAACGAGGUGUCCUCAGCAAGCAAAGCUCUCAUGCGCAAAACCCUGCCACUGACAACGCAUGAGCCAAAAAGCCGUUUACUUUAUAAACUCAGGGUUCUCCGGGCCGACAAGUCGAUCGAGCAUGGCAACGCGAGACUACAUGCCUGCUGCAAGGAAGUCUCCUGCAGAUCUCCACCCGCUGGCGUCGCAUCAUUCACGGUUUGUCUCCAGAAGCCUACACUGUUGGCGUGUACGGCGCUGCGAUAAACAGCUGUCGUCGUUUCUUCUUGGCUCCGUAGCGUCUUCGACACCAUGGCCGACGCCUAGCCCGCCUUCCGCACAUUUGACCUGCAGCCUUCAUAAUACCAGAUGCAACGAGUUCCCAACAAACUCUGCUUUGGGACCUUCGGGUCUGGUCAGUCGCGGACACUUUUCGGCUACAUCCGCUCACAAUGAACAGGACCUACAACGGAAGCGGUACCACUUCCCCUUUACGACUAAUGCACAAUCGUCCGUAGCUUCUUUCUCUGUCACGGCGUUUUCCCCCACGUCAACUUCUUUCGCUACUUGUCUAGCCUCCAGAACAUCCACGAGAGCAGCAUCGGCAACUGACAUCACAGCGACAGCUCCGUCUCCCAUUCAACCUCCGCCUCAACCACCGCCCCAAGGACAACUCCCCGGCCACAGUUUCACUCUAACUGCCGCCGACCUUGCAGCCAUUGUGUCGUACGCGUUUGACCACGACGGUGCAAUGCCUGCUGACGUCAGCACCUCUGGUCUGCUAAAUGCCGUACGAACAUCCUCCACCCAGGGGUUGAGAGUGGUGACAGCCGCAGAAGCGAAAACGGCGACGGCGACAGCUGCCUCAGCAACGGAAGGCGUUGGGAGCCGCAGCGACUUUAGCAGCAGUAGCACCGACAGCAUUAGCAGCCUGGUAGUGGAAGACGAAGCGGUACGCCGUACAGUGUACGGAGGUAACUUCUUGCCUCCUCCCCAUGAGGUGACCUUUUGGGAGUUGGUGGGGGAGGCGCUCCAGGACUUUACCGUACAGGCCCUCCUGGCUUCUGGUCUGCUUUCCCUCGGCCUCGCCGCCUUCAACGCACCUCCACAGCAGCCCACGGCUACUGCUACUCCUUCUCUAGCCACUGCAACUGCCGCUGCCAACCCCUCGGAGUGGGUGGAGGGAGCGGCGAUACUGGGGACGGUAGCUCUGGUGGUGGCGGUCAGUGCCGCCACGGGAUACUCCAAGGAGUCAAAGUUUCGACAGCUCAACAGCAUGAGGCGCGAGGAGCAGGUUCGUGUCGUACGCGGGGGCGCCCCUCCGACGCCCCUGCCCGCCAGCCAGCUGUUGGUGGGGGACUUGGUACUGGUGGAGGCGGGGGACAUACUGCAGGCGGACGGCGUGCUGGUGUCGGGUGGCGAAAUCAGGCUGGAUCAAAGCCACUUGACGGGCGAGUCUGACGACGUCAUUCGGAUCCCCGAAACCGCUACCUUAAUCGCCACUGCCGCCAUCUCCAACUCUGGAAGUACGACAACAGCCUCAACGGAAGCAACGGCAUCACCGCCAGCUUCCCCAGCAGCCGCCCCCAUCGUAUUCUCUGGUAGCAAGGUGCUGGAGGGGUACGGCAGCAUGGUCGUACUGGCCGUGGGGCCGUACAGCCAACAAGGCAGCAUCAAUGCGGCACUGCUGUCAUCAUCCUCACAAGCUACGGGAUCGCUUCUAUCACAACCGCAGCAGCGAAGGCGCCGCCGCCGUCAUCGGCGCAGUAAGACAGGCGGCGGCGUUAACGGUCGGAGUGGCGUGUUGGCGGCGGCGGCAACGGCAAUAGCGACCGUUAGCUCGGUUGCUAGCUACGACGGAGGAAGCGGCGGUGGUGCUGGUAUCGUUUACAAUGAUGGGCUGGUUGGCGGCGGCAGUGACAGCUGUACGGCAAGUACGACGGCGACAGAAAGCCUCGCCAACAAGUCGAGGGCGCCGGUGGCUUCUGCAAGCAUUGACGAUUUGGGUGCAGCGGGAGAGGGGGGCGGUGGCGGCGGCGGCGGUGUAGAGGAGGGGGAGAGCUCGGGGUUGCGCGCGGAGACGUUUCUAACGCAGAAGCUGCAGGUUUUGGCUCAGCGUAUUGGUGCGUUUGGAGUGGCUGCCGCUACCGCUGUGUUCGCUGUCAACGCAAUCGCCCUGACGUCCCAACUAGCAGCGGCAGGCCUGCUGCUGGGGGCGGGAGGAAGAGGUGGCUUAUCCUGCGGUUCUGUUUCAUGCACCGACGUUGUAAAGGCGUACUUGGAUCUGUUUGUCACGUCGAUCACAAUCCUGGUGGUUGCCGUACCGGAGGGCCUCCCGCUGGCGGUGACACUGGCGCUGGCGUUCAGUGUUCACCGCAUGUUAGAGGAUCGCAACCUGGUACGGCAACUGGGUGCGUGUGAGACCAUGGGCGCGGUAACAACCAUCUGCAGUGACAAGACCGGCACCCUCACCUCCAAUGCCAUGCGGGUGGUGCGGUUGUGGGCCGCCGGGGGCAGCUGGAGGGUGGUGGGGAGCGAGAGGGAAAGGACGGAGGAUGUUGUGUGGAGGCAAGAUGACAACAGCAGUGGCAAUAGGGACAGCAGCACGGGCCCCAAUAAUAUGGAGGCGCCACGGCACAAUCCGGUUGCGCGGUUGAUACCGCUGGCGUUACCGCGGACGGAUAGGAACCAGCCUGGCGACCAGCAACAGCAGCAGAGACUGCAGCUAGAGAGGGAGUUGCCGGUUGCCGUACAGCGGUUGCUGACUCAGGGGCUCGUACUUAAUUCCACGGCGUGUCUGUGGCGCAACCCGCACACAGGUCGCAUAAGCCGCAGUAGUAGCAGCAAUAGCGGGAGUGGCACCGUCGGCGGCCGUGCUGGCGACGGUGGUGGUGGCGGAGGCGGUGCUCGGGGCGGCGGUGGCAGCCCAACCGAGAGCGCCCUUCUUGAGUUGCCGUACAUCCUGGGCUGGGACCGCCGCUGCUUCGCCCUACCGCAUCCCAUGCACGGCAGUAGCGAUGGCAGUAGCGACAGCAAUAGUCACGUUCAAUUGCAUCAUCCUACCGGUUUGGGUCGUGUCAUACAGUUGCUACCGUUUUCCUCGCAACGCAAGCGAAUGAGCGUGGUCGUGGAGGUGGGGGCGGCGGCAGCAGCAGCAACACCGGCAGUGCAACCCUCGUCAACCCCGAUGCUGGCGUCAUCUUCGCCACUGUCGCCACCACUGGGCUGUAAUACGGAACAUGGCUGCCAUAUCACGCCUGGUGCAGGUGCCGGUAAUUGUCACGACGAGAUGGUUGCCGUGCGCGUGUGGACCAAGGGCGCUGCGGAAUUGGUGAUGCAGAGGUGCAGGUGGAGGCUGGCGGCGGCGGGGACGAUGGGAGCGGCAGCGACGGGGGCGGCGGCAACUGCAGCAGCGGCGAAGGGGCAGAGGCCGGAAGAGGAAGACGAGAUGCCGGUUAUUUCGCUGGACGAGGGGGAGAGAGAGCGACUACUCCAGGGUUUCACAGCCGGCGGUGGCGGUUCUCUACGCGUGCUGGCCCUCGCGUACCGAGACAUGCAGCUACACAGGCAGAAUGUACGACAAAGCCUUGGUCACGCCGCCACCACUGUCUCCACCGCUACCGCUGCCGGUCUGCAUGUCGUGAUGCCUGCUAGGGUUGACGCCGACAACAGGAACAGUAAUAGCAAUGUCAUUGUCGGCGGCGCUGUGUCAGCAGCAGCGACAUGUGCGGCAAGGGUUAGCGAUGAGGGCCUACAACAGCCAUCUACUGCUGGUUCUACGCCUAUGAUGGAUGCAGACGAUUUGGAGCAAGACUUUAUCCUAGCCGCUCUGGUGGGGUUGGAGGACCCGCUCCGACCCGAGGUACCUGCGGCAGUGGCGGCAUGUACGACAGCAGGCAUCACCGUCCGCAUGCUGACAGGCGACAACGCCAUCACCGCUGCCGCCAUCGCCGCCAGGGCAAGGCUGCUGCCGCCGUCCGUGUCGCCAUUCCCAUCACCGCUUCCGUCUUCACGGCAGCAGCAAGAGCAGCAGGAGCGGCAGUUCGACCAGCGACCUCUUUCCUCCUCAAGAAGCGAGGUGGGAGAGUUGGCAGCGAAGGCGGG